CCCAGUUGAGUCCCGUGAGUGGUCCGGGCAAGUACGAAAUACGGAUAGUUACGGUGGCGCGACGGGGUUUAUAACGGGGGGGUCGAGAAAUAAUAAAACUGCCAUCGAGCGUCGAGGGUGUGUGUUGUCUGAGACGCGAGCCCAUUGGCAACAUUGGGCGACUGAAAAUAUAAGUGUUUACGCGUUACGGGGGGGGGGUCCCAAUCGAUUGGUCAAUAAUAUUUAAUAAACAGAGGAAUUAUUGACGCUGUUGUACGGAGUUUACACUGUCUGCAGAGGUUAUACGUGUUGAAUAAAUAUCUUGUCGGCUACCGUGUGAGGCUAGCUGUCACUUCGAUCGCCAUUUUAGCGCCGUUCAGCACGGGAAUGCGCGCCGCCGGUAGAUUCGAUUCACUACUGGAGGACAGUGAACGCGAGUGUGUGACUGUGAGACGUGUUCAUACGUGUUUUUAUUUGUUGAUUGUCGAUAACAAUUAAUUAAUCAAUCAUUAGUGCUAAUAUAAAUUGCGUUGAGGGGAAUUUUAUUAAUUUUCUGAGCAAAUCAAGAGGCAUGCAGCUGUAAGGAAUAGUGGGGAUUGGCAAUAUCAGAAAAAAAAGUGCCGGUUUGUUUGAAAUAUCCCGAGUUCAAUAUUUUAUUUGUCUCGUGAAAAGGGCACGGCCUCUACAUUUGUUUCAUUCUCCUACAUUCGGCCUUUUUCACUCCCCUCCUUUGGCAAUAACCAACGGGACAGACUCGAGUGCUGUGAAUUCUCGGUAAAACAGACAUUUUUUUUUUGAGAAUUUUCAUCUCAAAGUGGGGUUUGUAAAUUGAAAAUAUUGGAAAUUAAUAUUUUGGGUAAAGCCUUGGCGUCAUUCGAGUCAUGAUAGCUGUCAAUAAUAAUAGUAUUCAAGAAGGACUCAGUGUGUCUCGUCAUCGCGUCCGAGUAUAACCUCUCUCGUGACUUUUUUUUCGGGAGCUCAUGUGGUUCCAUUGGUGCGCUCUUAUCCGCGAGUGACGGCAUACAGCCUCGAUUAUCUCGAAUAUCUUCGAUCUUAGGGGUGGGAUCGACUUUUUAUCGUAGAGACAACCGGUGCAUCGAAACAGGAAGAAGAGAGAUAGGGAGACCACGAGGUCCUCACCAUUGAAAAUUGGAAUUGAGAAAAAUUUGGGAAAAAAAAAUCAAAGAGAAUGGAGUGAUUUUCGUGUAUACAUAUCUCGGAUCAUUUUUUAUACAAGAGAUUGGACGUAAAUAGUUGCUGGGGAGAUUGGUAGCAGUUUUGUCCAUUGUUUUGUGAAGUGAAGUGUAUUAUUGUGAUUUUUUUCUUAGAAUCGGUGGAUUGUGGGGAAAAAUAACGAGAUAAUCGUUAUUUUAAGGUAGAAAGGACAAGGGGAUUGUUUGGAAUAUAUAUAUUUUUUUUUUCUACCGUCUGGCUGUUGACUCACACCAGACUCGAGUGUUUGGGGUCACGGUAGACGCACCAGAGGCCCUCUGACGUAAUUAUUCGUAAGAAACGAAAUUGAAGGUGGGAGAAAAGGAGAGUUAGUGGCAAAGUUGAUGACUAUUUCUUAGAAUUUAGGAGUGUGCUGGGAAAAUAAAAAUAAUCGUAAAUAAAGUGAAUAGUGUGUGAGUGAGAAGUACCGGUGGAGCUGUAGUGUAAGGGUCGCGUGUUAUCGGCCACAGCGAAAUAUCCUAUGGUAAAAGUGCUUAAUCAGCUCCGUGGAUAAGGGGUUGUUACCUUUUCAAGUGUGUAAAGGAUCGAAGGCAACGGGGCCGCGCGAGAUGAUUCUGCGCGUCUGAAGGAGAGACAAGGAGAGCACGAUUUCACGGAGGAAAAGCGCUGGAGGCCAAAAGAAUAAGAAAAACAAGUGGAUCUCCAAGAAAUUCCUUCUGCAAGUGGUGGAGGUGGUGGGGGGCGGGUAAUCCGUCCCGUAGUAUAGUAAGGUAGUUUAGAAUAAUUCCGGAAUUGAGCGGGUAAACGGGGGACCAAAGGAGAAUAAAGUGGAUAGCAAACGAUGAUGAGUAAUAAACUUGAAUUUCGAGGGCUACCGCCUCUCCUCACACUGCUCAUUGGCAUUACAAUUCUACUUCAAAUGCCAAAAAUAAGAGCAACAUCAUCGGACAUUGUCCAUCAAUUUUACGAUGCCGAUGUUCAACGAAUGAAUCAUCUCGUUGUUGAUAAAAAUACUGGACGUGUAUACGUUGGUGCUGUUAAUCGUUUGUACCAAUUCUCCCCUGAUUUGAAUCUUGUGGUGAAGGUGGUAACUGGACCGCAGGAUGAUGCACUGACAUGCUCGAGUUUGGAUUGUCCUCGUGAAGCUGUUAAAGGUCUAGUUGACAAUGUCAAUAAGGCACUUGUCAUUGAUUACACAACAUCACGUCUAAUAUCCUGCAACAGUUUGUUUCAAGGCACUUGUGAUGUACGAAAUAUUCACAAUAUCACUGAUGUUGUCCAGAAGGUCAAAGAGGCUGUGGUUGCUAAUAAUGCAACAGCAUCAACAGUAGCAUUUAUAGCACCAGGACCACCAAAUCCACCAGUGUCACAAGUCAUGUACGUCGGUGUCACGUACACUGGUAACUCACCGUACAGGUCAGAAGUGCCAGCUGUCAGUUCUCGUUCACUCGACAAAGAGAAGAUGCUGAACAUUGCUGAAUCAGCAGUCACAACUGGAACCAGAAUCUACGUUAAUUCAUUGUCACGUGAACGUUAUCCCAUUAACUAUAUAUAUGGAUUCAGCAGUGAGGGAUUCAGUUAUUUCUUUACAACACAACUGAAGGAUACAGAAGCAUCGAAUUACAUAUCCAAACUCGUAAGACUUUGUCAGGAUGAUAUGCAUUAUUAUUCAUACACUGAGAUACCAGUUGAGUGUAAAAAUGAAGGGAGAAAUUAUAAUCUCGUACAAGCAGCUUAUGUUGGCAAAGCUGGCUCUGUACUUGCUGGUGCACUUGGAAUAACAGCUCAGGAUGAUGUUUUGUACGCUGUGUUUGCUGAGAGUGAUGCACCAACUAGUCCGAGGCCCAGUAAUCAUUCUGCACUGUGUGUUUAUACAUUGAAGAAUAUCAGAAGAAAGUUUAUGAGGAAUAUACAGAAGUGCUUCAGUGGUGAUGGACAACGGGGUCUGGAGUUCAUAUCGCCGAGUCACAAAUGCGUCCUUACGAAACUCCAAACAAUUGCGGAGGACUUCUGCGGCCUGGAUGUAAACACACCAUUGGGUGGACAGGAGCCAAUGACCGCUGUUCCAGUGUUAACAUUCGAUACACUAUUGACCGCCGUAGCAGCAACAUCAACUGGCGAUUUUACCGUAGUUUUUAUUGGCACGCAACACGGUCAUCUGAAAAAGGUCGUAGUUGAGAGUGCAAGCGGUGCCCAGGAGUACGGUGACUUGGAGAUUGACGCUGACUCAGCCGUGAACCCUGACCUCCUCUUCGAUUCGCAGCAGCCACCGAUGCAUCUCUAUGUGCUAACCGAAAAGAAAGUAUCAAAGGUGAAGGUGCAGGAAUGCUCAGUUUAUAAAACCUGCUGGGAUUGCUUGGGCGCCAAGGAUCCCUACUGUGGCUGGUGUUCACUGGAGAACAAGUGUAAUCUCCGUAGUGACUGUCAAGAUGCUGCCAACGACCCACUCUACUGGAUAAGCUACAAGAGUGGCAAGUGUACGACGAUAACAAGUGUGACGCCGAAUGAGCUCCAGAAAACGAUAGCCAGAACUCUUGAUCUUGUCAUUGAUAAUCUGCCGACACUCAACGGAGAUUUCCUGUGUGCAUUUUCGGCUCUCGAUAAGACACUUAUCACAAAUGCCACGCGGAAAUCGUAUGGGGUCAAUUGUACAACACCAAGGACUGAUCUACUGCCAGUGAUACCAGUUGGACAUCAUCACUUCACCGCCAAGCUGUCCGUCAGAAUGACCAAUGGUCCUGAUCUUGUCGCCACUAAUUUUACCUUCUUCGAUUGCAACACUUACUCAUCGUGCACGGAGUGCGUCUCAUCGAGCUUCCCCUGUGAUUGGUGCGUCGACGGGCACAGGUGUACUCACGAUACAGCUGCCAAUUGUCGUAAUGACAUACUCGUCACUGGAGUCAGUAGGACUGGACCGAGUUACAGGAGUGGACCAGCAUUUUGCCCGACGAUAAAUGCCACCGACUCGCAGGAGAUUCUUGUGUCUGCGGGAAUUAAAAAACCUAUUCGGGUUAAAGUUCAUAUCAUAGGGCAAUUCAUCAUCCAAACCCGAUUCGUCUGUCAAUUCAACAUUGAGGGUCGAGUGACAAGUGUCAAUGCCCGCCUCCUAGCCGACACAAUCUACUGCGAUGACAUGGAGUUCUCCUAUACCUCGCGAACUCCCAACAUAACAGUCCCCUUUGCUGUAAUCUGGGGUGGUUCAAAACCCCUGGACAAUCCCGACAAUAUUCAUGUGGUAAUCUACCGCUGUCGAGAUAUGGCGGACAACUGCGGCAUGUGCUUGGCAAUCCCUCCGAAAUACGGUUGUGGCUGGUGCCAGAGCACCGACAGAUGCGAAGUCAAAGAUCAGUGUGGCCGAGGCUCUGGAAUCUGGCUGAAUCGAAAUCAAACAUGUCCAAAUCCAGAGAUCCACGGGUUCGAGCCUAUGAUGGGACCUUGGGAGGGCAACACAAACGUCACAAUUCGGGGUAUCAAUCUCGGAAAAACCUUUAACGAUAUCUACGCAGGUGUGACAGUCGCUGGAGUUCCUUGUCAACCUUACGAACAACUUUAUGUCCGCACAAAGCAAAUUACUUGUCGGGUGGACGGUCCUGGCUCGAAGAAGUUGGAAGUCGGGCCAGUUAUCGUGAAGAUUGAAAACUACAGAGGCCAGUCUAAAGAUAACUACGAGUUUGUGGAUCCAGUAAUUACUAACAUCUCGCCCAGAUACGGUCCACGAAGUGGAGGAACCAUCGUAAAGAUAACUGGCAGGUAUAUGAACGCCGGAAGUGAAAUCCGCGUGACAAUUGACGAGCUCCCCUGCUCCGUUAUAUCCGCCGAGUUCAAUGAGACCCUGUGCAUGACCUCAGCCAGCAGCAUAAAUCGAAAUGGAACCCUCUUGAUGACCUUCGACGGUAGGAACCGAACCUACAACGGUUACUUCGAGUACGUCGACGAUCCCACGAUAGAAUCAGUCGAGAGCGGUGUCGCAGGGCAGAUGAAAAUUCCCAAAGGUAUACCAGCUGGUGGAAUCAAGAUCUCAGUCACUGGAAAGAAUUUGGGCUACAUCCAGAAUCCCCAGAUGUAUGUGUACUAUGACGAAAAGAUGUUCGUCUCUCGCUGCGAUGUACUGAGUCAAACGAGCAUGGACUGUCGUUCUCCAUCGAUUGAGGUACCUGAGAACGUAGGUCUCGACGCAGAGCGCCCCCUCGCUCUUGAGUACGGCUUCAGAAUGGACAAUGUCACUGGGGUACAGAAUCUCUCCCAAAACGGCUUUAAUCAUUUCCUGCUGUAUCCAAAUCCAAUCUACGACGAGUUUGAUGAGGAGGUCAAGUACUACAAGAGUGAUUACUUGACGAUCAAUGGACAGCAUCUGGACAGGGCUUGUCAGGAGUCCGAUGUGAUCGUGCAGAUUGGAAGUACCUACUGCAAUGUAACGUCGUUGUCGAGACAACAGCUGACCUGCAGGCCUCCACCAUCACAGCCUCCUGCACUAAGCGCUGAGGGUCUGCCGGACAAGCAGGAACUCCCUGAAGUGAUUGUCAUCGUUGGAAAUACCUUAAAAUUCAACAUUGGAAAACUGAGCUAUGCAUUGCCUGCUGGACUCAACGGACCACUCUCAAGGCCUGCUCUCAUUGGUGUCAUCGCUGCAAUCGUCAUUCUCGUGAUAAUCUUCAUCGCCUUUCUGAUCGCUUACCGGAGGAAGUCCACUGAGAGCAAUCGUGUUCUCAAGAACAUGCAGGAGCAAAUGGACAUACUUGAGCUAAGAGUCGCUGCCGAGUGCAAAGAGGCAUUCGCUGAAUUGCAGACGGAAAUGACUGAUCUCACUGGGGAUCUCACUAGCGGUGGCAUUCCCUUCCUCGAUUACAGGACUUAUGCCAUGAAGAUUCUGUUCCCCAAUGUUGAUAAUCAUGUUGUUCUCCAGUGGGAUAGACCUGAGUUGCAGAGAAAGGAGAAGGGCUUGAGGCUGUUUGGUCAAUUGAUUAUGCAUAAGACGUUUCUGCUGCUGUUUGUGAGGACUCUCGAGAGCAAUCGGUAUUUCUCCAUGAGGGAUAGGGUCAAUGUCGCUAGUUUGAUCAUGGUUACGCUCCAGAGUAAGAUGGAGUAUUGCACUGAUAUUCUGAAGACUCUACUUGCCGAGCUCAUUGAGAAGUGCAUGGAGGGAAAAAGUCAUCCGAAAUUGUUACUUAGGAGAACGGAGAGUGUGGCUGAAAAAAUGUUAUCCGCGUGGUUCACGUUUCUUUUGUACAAAUUUAUGCGAGAGUGCGCUGGCGAACCACUCUACAUGCUGUUCCGUGCUAUGAAGCAGCAGGUUGACAAGGGCCCUGUUGAUUCAAUCUCCUCCGAAGCCCGUUAUUCACUGUCAGAGGAGAAACUCAUAAGACAGUCUAUUGACUUUAAACCAAUGACUGUCUUCGUGACAAUUGCUCAGCAGACGGUGUUCAGCAAUCUUGAUCCUACAACGGAGAAUGUGCCAGUCAAGCUACUUGACUGUGACACAAUUUCUCAAGUAAAGGAGAAGGCAUUAGACACUAUUUAUCGUGCCACUCCAUAUAGCCAACGGCCAAGAAAAGAGGAUCUUGACCUCGAAUGGCGAACAGGGGCAUCAGGAAGACUGAUCCUCUACGACGAGGACACGACAACAAAGACAGAGGGUGAAUGGAAAAAGCGAAAUACUUUGAAUCACUACAGAGUACCAGACGGUGCAUCGCUGAGUUUAGUCUCAAAACAAUCAUCCAUCUACAAUCUUUCGAUAUUGUCAGAGAAAACUGACAAAUCACACAAGUACGAAACGCUCAAUCUAAGUAAAUUCAGCUCAGCGAGUCCGCCAUUGUCACGUGCGACAUCGCCCCUCAAUCACGAUCACGAUGGUGGUCUCAAGGUUUGGCAUUUGGUGAAGCAUCACGAUACAGAUGCUCAGAAGGAGGGUGAGCGUGGCAACAAGAUGGUCUCGGAGAUUUAUCUUACGAGGUUACUCGCCACCAAGGGCACACUACAAAAAUUCGUCGACGAUCUUUUUGAAACAAUAUUCAGCACUGCACAUCGUGGUUCUGCACUGCCACUAGCCAUUAAAUAUAUGUUUGAUUUUCUCGAUGAUCAAGCUAUUCAUCAUGGCAUAUCUGAUCCCGAAGUUGUACACACGUGGAAGAGCAAUUCACUUCCACUCAGGUUUUGGGUCAAUCUUAUUAAAAAUCCAAACUUUGUGUUUGACAUACAUAAGUCAAAUAUUGUGGAUUCCUGUCUCUCUGUCGUUGCACAGACAUUUAUGGAUAGCUGUUCGACGUCGGAUCAUAGGCUAGGCAAAGACUCACCGAGUUCAAAGCUGCUUUACGCAAAAGACAUUCCAGUGUACAAAGAGUGGGUAGAGCGUUACUACUCGGAUAUUAAAACCAUGCCCGCCAUAUCUGAUCACGAUAUGAAUGCAAUGUUAGCUGAAGAGUCAAGAUUACACACGACAGAAUUCAAUACGAAUUGUGCCCUGUACGAGCUCUAUACAUAUGCAGGAAAGUACAACGAACAAUUAAUAGUGACCCUGGAGGAGGACGAAUUCUCGCAGAAACAGAGAUUGGCGUACAAACUUGAGCAGGUGCACAAUAUAAUGGCAGCGGAUGCCAAUCCCUGAUGUCCCGUUAUACCAACCAAGUAUCCGACAAAGCCCAGGCACGAGUGGCCCUGCUGAGGACCUGUCGAAACUCGGUUACGGAUUCAAAUGCUAUAAAAAAAAUAUUGAAAAACGAUUGAACGUGGCCUAACGCUAUGACUGAACGUUGUGACGUCAACUCCAAGACGACCGAGGAAAGACACUUGAAGAAAUAUCAAUGUUUCCCAUCGUUUUCAUUUAAUUUCGAUAAAACCGAAUGAAAUUGUUUUACAAUCGUCCCAAUUUUGUGAUUUAAUACGUGAGAAAAUGUGAAAAGUGAGAAAUGAACUCACGUACUAUCAGUUAAGGUAAUGAAGUGCGCGCAACGUUCGAAAAGAAAUUGUGUAUCGAAAUAAUAAUAGGUGUUUCAUAAAUGAAUAAUUAAUAACAAAGGAAUGAAAUAAAUUUUAAAUAAAAAAAAAAGCACAUACGACAAAGUCUUCUGGAAGGCCGCUGGCUGGCAGGUGUGACUAAUUAUCAUCGCACUUACCAGAUAAUUGUAAAUAAUAUACCAAAUAAAUUUAAAUAAUAAAUGAUAUUGCAAUAGGAUUAAAAUUAAAAUCACGCUCACACUCCGGCGGCCGACGAAUAUAUCGUCAUUUAAACUCAAUAGUCGAUCGUCGAUUUUGGGGUGAUGAGAGAUCUUACGAUCAAGGGUUUUUAAUGGAAAAAACGUUAUUUGGAUAUGGUAAUUAUCAUUGAUUAAAUGAUGAAUGAAUGAAAUUAUUUGUAAAUCAGUCGUUCGUAUAUUGAAUUUGUAAAUUGUGCAACUGAUCUAUCCGCGCCACGUGCCCGAUGUCAGCGACUGACGACUGAUGAUUUAAGUAAAAUGGUAAAGAUUUUUUAAAGAAGCACAAACAUUUCCAUCCACGGAUUGAUUGAAGGCGAAUCGAUAGGCUGCGAAUUACAGUCGAGGUGAACAUACGAAAUGAGUGGAGUGUCUGGCUGCCCGAUUUGAGAUUAAGAGGAGAUUCGUAUGUUGUUCAAUUCCUACGUUACAGAUCGAUUAUAAUUGUAUUAAAACACAUAAUGAGUGUCCAACAAUAUUCCCUCAGUGGUUGUGUCGCAUAGUUUAUUUUUUAAUUUGCAACAUUUAUGCCCGAUAUUCUGUCGAUGGAUUCUCUAAAUAAAAAUUACGUUAUUAUUUAACCAAAAACAAAAUUACCUGCGCUCGAUGGGGAACAUGGUAUAUUGUGCAGCUUUUUUAAAUUAAAAAAAUCAUUCACUGGAAAAUUAAGAACAUUACGAACAAUGAACAAUUUCUUUUACCCUGAAUUUUUAUUUUUAUACAUAUGUAAUCGAUCUGCAAUGUAUGAAAAAUUUCAAGAAUUCAUACUAGUCUCUCCUUAAUGAGUGAUUCUAGGAGAAAUUGUCAGGAUCUUUCUUACGAGAUAUUAAAAAAUGUCUUCUCCCAUUUUCUCCUAGAGUCCACCGUUUUGAGAUAAUUGCAAAAGUCCAUCAAUCGAAUAAAAAAAUAUUGACUGGUCCGAGUUCACCGGAUUGCGAUAAAUUAAUGUACGAAAAAGAAACUAGUUAAAUAAUUAAUAUGAAAAAAAUAUAUAUAUAAGAUUGGAUGGUCAUUAUGUAUAUGUGUACAUACAUACACUAAUCAAAUGCUCUGUGCAUUGAGAAAAUUAAUAAUUACUAAAUGAUAAGAAAACCGCAUGUGUAUGUAUAUAUGUGUGCGUGCUGUGCCCUUCCGUAAACAAAAAACAAUGAUGAAUAAUAUUGUCGCGAAUAUAAAUAUAUAGUAUAUAUAGACGCACACACAUUCGAGGAUAAGACGGGGAGAAUACGAUGAAAAAAGAUUGACAAGAAAAGGUCCGUGAGAAAAACGUGAAUAAAAAAAACAACAGUGAAAUAAAAUUUUUUGGGAGAUUAAUGAGAUGGUGUAUUAGUUCUAGGUAAUUUUACUACAGAUAAAUGAGUAAAUAAAUAAAUUGAUAUGGACUUAUGGUCACGCGCGCGCGAGGCCAGCUCGAUGUGACGGUUGUGUUGAGUGUGCGUGCUUCCCUCUUCCUAAUGAAAAAAAAUAAAUAAA